CAAAAAAAAAAAACCUCAGCCACUGAAUUUGCUUUCUUCAGUGUAUAUAAAGUUUCCAUUAUGUUUCAUUCUCUUUAGCAUCAAUCAAUUCUCUUGCUGCUCACUGAACCAUUCUUUACCCUUAAUUGUUCUCUUCUUCAACCACAGAAUCAGACACAGGAGAACUAUUUCUAGUUCCCCCAAACACUUCAAUUACAAGUUAACAUGGCAGCUCCUUUAGCCACUGAGACCACUAGUGUUCCCCAAGAAAUGGUUGACCUUGAGCAAAAUGGUCAGGCCGAAAGGGCUCGGUGGGUUCUCAAUCCUCCCGAGCCACCGAGCUUCUGGUUCGAGCUCGUCGGUUCAGUGAGGGAUGCUCUAUUGCCUGAUGGGAGUGAGUUGCUCCGUUCUUUCAAGAAUGGAGAACAUGUGUUCAAACCUUUUGUUUCAGUGUUGCAGGCAAUUUUUCCUAUUCUUGUUUGGUCUAGAAAUUAUAAGGCUACUAAGUUCAAGAAUGAUGUUUUGGCUGGCUUAACUCUUGCUAGCCUCUGCAUUCCUCAGGGAAUUGGAUAUGCAACUUUGGCAAAGCUUGAUCCUCAAUAUGGCCUAUAUACCAGUGUAAUUCCGCCUCUAAUUUAUGCUAUGAUGGGAACUUCAAGGGAGAUCGCAAUCGGACCCGUCGCAGUUGUUUCACUACUUUUAUCCUCAAUGAUUCAGAAAAUAGAAGAUCCUGUUAGCAAUCCAAUUGCCUACAGAAAUCUAGUUCUUACCGCAACAUUUUUCGCCGGAAUUUUUCAGGCUACCUUUGGGAUAUUCAGGCUGGGAUUUCUUGUGGAUUUCCUAUCCCAUUCUGCAAUUGUUGGAUUCAUGGCAGGAGCAGCCAUUGUUAUUGGUCUUCAGCAACUAAAAGGACUACUUGGCAUUUCUCAUUUCACAAAUAAGACUGAUAUUAUCUCUGUCCUGAAGGCUACUUGCAUCUCAGCUAACCAUUCUUGGAAUCCUCUUACUUUCAUACUUGGAUGCUCAUUUCUCACUUUUAUCCUUACAGCCAGAUAUUUGGGCAGAAAAAACAAGAAACUCUUCUGGUUGCCAGCAAUUGCUCCACUAGUUUCUGUAAUUCUAUCGACUCUGAUAGUAUACCUGACCAGAGCUGAUAAACAUGGUGUAAACAUUAUCAAACACAUCAAAGGAGGAUUAAAUCCAAGCUCAAUCCAUCACUUGCAGUUCACCCAUCCCCACAUUGGACAAAUUGCUAAAAUUGCACUUAUAGUUGCUGCUGUUGCACUCACGGAGGCAAUUGCAGUAGGCAGGUCUUUUGCAGCAGUAAAAGGAUACCAAUUAGAUGGUAACAAAGAAAUGGUAGCUAUGGGAGUCAUGAAUAUUUUCGGAUCCAUCUCUUCUUGCUAUGUUGCAACUGGUUCAUUUUCGCGGAGCGCUGUGAAUAUCAGCGCUGGAUGUGAGACGGCAGUGUCGAAUAUUGUGAUGGCGAUUACUGUGAUGAUAUGUUUAGAAUUUAUGACGAGGCUCUUAUACUUCACCCCGGUUGCGAUUCUUGCUUCAAUUAUUCUUUCUGCGCUGCCUGGACUAAUUGAUGUUCAUGAAAUCUGCAAUAUUUGGAAGGUUGAUAAGCUUGAUUUUCUUGCUUGCGUUGGAGCUUUUCUUGGUGUUUUAUUUGCGUCAGUGGAGAUUGGUCUGCUAGCUGCGGUGGCAAUAUCAUUUAUGAAGAUCAUUAUAAUAUCAGUUGGAGCUGGGACUGAAAUAGUGGGAAGAAUACCAGGAACUGAAGUGUUUGGAGAUGUUGAUCAAUAUCCUAUGGCCAUUAAAACUCCACCUGUCCUUAUAAUUCGCGUUAAAUCUGGUUUUCUAUGUUUUGCCAAUGCUAAUUUUGUUAAACAAAAGAUUAUGAAAUGGGCAACUAUGGAAGAAGAAGAUGACACCAAAGGGAACAGGAAAAGGACUUUUCAGCUUGUAAUACUUGACAUGUCUAAUUUGACAAAUAUAGACAUAGCAGGAAUUGCUUCACUUAAAGAACUUCAUAAGAAUCUCAUUUCAAAUGGAAUAGAGCUGGCUAUCAUUAAUCCAAAGUGGCAAGUGAUUCAGAAGCUAAUAUUAAGCAACUUUGUGAGCAAAAUUGGAGGAAAAAUCUUCUUAACAGUUGGAGAAGCUGUGGAUGCUUGUCUUCAUCCUAAAAUAACUGCAAUUUAAUUGAUACUCCAGUCCGAAUUAGUCAAUGUUAAUGUGGUGAUCAAAUAUCAGAUACUAUUAAAUUAGAGAUAAAUAAAUUAAAAGCAGCAUGGUGUAUUUUGAUUUCAUUAA